CCAACGCCUCUCAUCACACAUCGCAAGCAUGAACCCCCAAAAUGACCCUCCAUCGGCCCCCUCCAAGCCAACGAAGCACCAAAAACAUGGCAAAAACCCCUUCUACGCCGGCCCUCCCGGCCAAACUACCAACAAAAGCGACAGCGCGCAGCCCACCCUGUCAAUACCGCCUACCACCACGGCCCCCACCGCGUCUAACCGCGCCACAAAGCGUGCACGGGAUGAGUUGGAGCCCAAGCCGUCGACUGACGACGAUGAGAGCGAGCCCGAUACCGAGCACUCCGUCUCUGAGCUGAACGGGCUGUCCAAACCCGAUCUUGUCGCCCUGGUCCUCCGCCUGCAGCGGCAUACACGGCGACUUGAAGGUGAGAUCCGCACGGCGCUGGCGAAAGUGCCGUUAGGCGAGGACGAGUUGCGGCAGAAAGUCGAGGAGCUGCGAACGGAGAUACGUACCGGGAUCGCUGAGCAGAUGAAUGUACGUGUGGUUGCCACUGUAUGAGGUCCUUCAGCAGGCUAACUGAGGUUGGAUAUGGCAUAGUUUCCGGUGGCAUUUGACGACGCGGUGUGGAGAGUGGAGGGGACGGUCGAGAGAGCGCGGGUGUGGGUGGCGGCGUUUGGGCCGCCUCGGCUGGGUUUCGAGCCGCUCAAGACGAUGGUGAUGGGGCUUGUGGUUCAGAGGGCGGAGGGCAUGCUGAAGGUUAUUGAGAGGGGAUACGGGGUUGUUUGGAAUGAGGGUGAGCGGAGGUAUGCGAUUAGGGGUAAUUUUGCUCCGGUUUUGCCGGCGGCCGAGUAGGGCUGGGGGAGAAUCGGAGGGGUGCGAGGGUGUGCAGGAUAAUAUAAAUUCAAUGAU